UGCUGGGCGCAUUUUUUGAAGUCAAGCUGUCACUAGGAGCGAGCGCUCUCUCUGGGUCUAACGAUCACGGGUGACAGGAAGGGGCGACUCAUUAAACCACCUGUUCUGGACACUACUUCGAGCCCAGCAAGAGCAAGACACACCUGUCUCCUCACCUGUCAAGCGACCGAACUUCCGGACGUGCAGAGAAGCCCGCAGCUUCCCGGUUUCUUAAAGAAAUGGCACAGGUAAAGACAACGUUUUAGAAGACGGAAGAACUAAUUCACACAUUUGAGAAGGUGGUGGGCUGCCAGCUGGAUACCCUGCUGGCUGACCUGACCAAUCUGAUGACCUGGGUGCACUCCCAUGCCACCAUCUGCCCGCAGGUGCCGUGGCACGAGGGCGUGCUCCGGACAGAGGAGGUGGGCAAGUGCACGGUGAUAUGGAUGUGUGCAGCUGGGCAUGGCUACAACUGGCCCCUCGCCCUGGCCAGGUCUCCGAUAGCAGCCGGGGGGCACCGCGCCAGCCGGAAGAGGAAGCACCGGCAGUGGGAUUGGCACACCAGAUUCCGCAGGGAGCCCAGCGGGAACAGGGAGGGCGCCUCCGAGCUGAGCGGCCGCAGCCCUGCGACCCCCUCCCCGGAGAAGAACGACUCCAGCACCGAGGGCGAGCUCUUCAUCGAAGAGGAGGAAGAGCCCGGCGGUGGGGGCACCGCACUGGCCCAGCCUGGGAAGGUCGCAAAGGAAGAGCCCACAGACGGGCAGAACACAACUGCAUUCAACAUCGAGGUGAAAGAAGAAAAGGGGGCGUUCUGGGCGGAUUACGGCACCCCACUUCAAGAGCAGAAGACGGUCGUGAUCAAUAUGGCCAGAGAUGAGCUUCAAGCAGAAGAAACCCGUGAUUCGGAAAAAGCCAGGCUGCUCAGCCCUCUCAAUGCCCAGCCCUGGGGUGGCACAGUCACCCCUGUGAUGGAGACCAAGAGCGUCCCUGAUGUUGCGGCAGAGUAUAUCAUCAUCAGCUCUGAUACCAUAACUUCCUCACCCACGGCUCAUUCGGAGGCUGAAGACCUUCCAAAAGCAGACCAAACUGCCGAAGGCAAUUCGAGCAACAGCAGCGUUAUCCCCACAGCUGAACGGCCUGGUACAUCUGAGGAUUCUCCCUGUGCUAAGUUCAGCCUUUGUCCCGAUGACACAAACAAGGAGACAGCAAAAAGCCAAACUACAAAAAAGACUCCCAGAAGUGCGGAAGGUAAAAGCCGCGCUCGGCUGAUGGCCGACGUCAAGGUCUUUAAGGACUGGCUGCGGGCGCGGAGCCCCCAGGAGAUACGCCCCAUGGGUGCCCUCCCCCCCCAGGAGCUGGACGCCCUGCUGGCGGAGUUCUUCAGCACCCUGCGGCGAGCCAACGGGGCCGAAUUCAGCUCCGGCUCCCUGGUGUUCUACCACCGGGCCCUGGACCGCUACGUCCGGCAGGAGGGCUCCAGCUUGAGCCUGCUCAAGUCCCCCGAGUUCGCCGGCUCCCGGGAGGCGCUGCAGGCCCGCUUCCAGCAGCUGUGGUGGCGGGAGAAGGAGAGCGAGAUGGAGGUCCUGGAGGGCGUCAGCCAGGAGGAGGAAACGGAGCUGCGCCUGAUGGGGGUCCUGGGACGCUUCAGUCCCGGGAGCUUGCUCAACCUGGUCCUCCUCAACAACAUCCGCGCCUUCGGGCGGCGCCACCUGCGGGGCGAGUGGCCCGUCCGCUUCGGCAACUUCUGCCUGGUCAAGGAGAGCCGGACGAGCAACGGUGACGGCGGGGCGGUGGAGUACCUGGAGUGGCGGGACCCCAGCUCCUCCCCCCCUCGGCCCCUGUGCCUGCGCGCCCUGCUGGACAACCUGGACCGCUGCCCCGUGCAGGACUUCAAGGAGUACGCCCGCAAACGCCAGACGGGCUACAUCACUCCCAGCGACCCCUUCUAUGUUGCCUGCAGACCCCUGCAGAGCCACUGGGAUGACAUCUGGUUCGUCCGCAAAGCCCUGACCUGGGCGCGAAUCGAGAGGAUGGUGAAGGUCCUCAGCCAGCAGGUCCUGGCCAUCCGGAAGAGAAACGCCACUCAGUUUGCUCACACUUAGCGCCGAGGGGGGAGGAAAUGGAGCGCUCUAUGGUGACCACAACUUCAGAAUCUGACUUCCAUUAAAGAUAUUAAUCAGCCCCCCCCUCCCACCACCUUCUGCUCCCCCUGACAAAACAGGAAAUUCCACACAGAAAGAAUGUUUAAUGUUGAACUUGUUUCUCCUCCGCUAGCAGCCCUGGCGAGUCGGUAGUUGUCAUAUGGUAUUGUUUCGAAUGCAAAAAACUCUCCACCUCUUUCAGGGAUGUGCAGUUCGAUGCUUUGCAGUUCUAGCUUGCCAUAAGCAACUCAGUUCACGGCUCCUCUACCACGUCACUGUCCCAGUUGCCAAGACAGUUAUUACACCUUAAAUGCCACUCUGUGGCUGUUCCCCGUUCUCUUCUCUGUCCCCUCCCUUAAAUACCCAAGAGAUCUUAUCUGAAACCCUUUAUGUGUGUGUGUGUGGUGCGGUCAGCUUAAAAGUUGAAAGCAUGACUAUAUCUCCAAGAAUUCUGCUAUUUGUAGGAGUUACAUUAAAAAGCUAACUUUUAAUGGCCGGA